AUGGACCAAGAGUUGCUGGAUACCUUCAAGAAGGUGGAGAUUAAUAUUCCUCUGCUGGAUGCCAUCAAACAGAUUCCUCGAUACGCAAAAUUCUUGAAGGAGCUCUGUACUUAUAAGAGGAACUUAAAGAAGAGGAAUGUCCAGCUAGUUUCAUCCUUGUCCCAGUCUAGCCUUCCACAGAAAUGUGGUGAUCCAGGAACUUUCUCCAUUCCCUGCACAAUUGGAGAGUCCUCUUUUGCUAGUGCCUUGCUGGAUUUGGGAGCUUCUAUCAAUGUUAUGCCUUCAGCCAUAUAUAAGAUGUUGCAUUUGGGAGACUUGAAACCAACCAACAUGAUUAUCCAAUUAGCAAACAGAAGCACAGCUCAGCCCUUAGGAGUGCUCGAAGACGUGUUAGUAAAAGUUAAUCAAUUGAUUUUUUCGGCUGAUUUUUACAUUCUUGAUAUACAGGAUGAGAAUUCGACCUUGAUUCUGGGUAGAUUCUUGAUGACUACGAAGACAAAGAUUGAUGUCCAUACUCGCACACUGUGCAUGGAGUUUGGAGAUGACACAGUUCAUUUCAAUAUCUUUGAUGCCAUGAGAUAUCCGGCUGAGAGCCAUUUGAUGCUUUCCGACUGUUUUGAUUUUUCUGUUUUUCUUAUUAAUGUAGUAGAUAGAAAUUCUGAUUUAGAUUUUGAUACAGUUCAUGUAAUCGAUUCUGAUUUUCAUUCUGCUUUUGAUUCUAGUAUUGAUAUUGCUGUAGAUUCAGAUUUUGACUUGUCUCAGUUUUCAGACUUAGAUUUAGAUGCUUUACCAGGAUGCACCUGUGAUAGUGGCAUUUGUUCCAUGUGUGCUGAGAUUAAUACUGCCAUAUCUUCUGCUGUUUUGCCUUCCAUUGCAGAUCCAGAUUCUGUGAUAUCCAUGGCUGCUAUAGCCCCACGGUCUCCGUUAUCAGUUAUAGAGCAGCAGCCCAGUUCAUUGGAGUUGAGCCCUCUGCCAAAUCACCUUAAAUAUGCUUAUCUGGAUGCAGAGCAGUAG